AUGGCGACUGCUCUGGUACCCGCUCUGCAGGAGGUCUCCUGCGGCCAGAGAGCAGCAAGCAGCAUCCACUACGGCAUCUAUAAGAAUGAUGAAGAGUCUGUACGGAGCACUGGCAUCAGCGGUGACCGCAAAGCUACAUGUGAUUUUGACAACCCCGGAGAGGCAGAGGGAGGAGGGGGCUUGCUGCUCAUAUUGGCUGUCACCGACAUUGCCAAUAUACGGCAAAAAGAGGUGUCUGGUUCUCUGACGCUGGAGGCUUCAGAGCGGACAGUGGGAGAUCAGACACAAGCUUCUCUCUUCCACAGACAAAGACGCCACCACUGA